GCUCGGCUCACUUCCUCUGCUGCUCUCUCCCACGCACCAUCUCUUGCCUCAUCUUCUUCCCUGUCACCACUUUCCUGUUUGACAGAGGCAACAGGCAUGUCGACGCAGCCCGCGACGUCGGCCUCCGGAAUCGUCUCGGAUGGCUCCACGCGCCUCAUUCCUGAAUCGCGACGCGCAGAUGGCUCAGUCCGCAAGGAGCGCAAAGUGAAGCCGGGCUUCACGCCCGCCGAGGACAUUGGCAAGUUCCGGUCUGCGCGAGUCGAGGCGCGAAAGGCCGGCGCGUCAGAGCAGGUCGUCGGCGCGGGACAGAGGGCCACUUCGGAGAGUGCACCAGCACCAGCACCAGCACCAGCGCGACCGAGCUGGAGGAGCGGCGAGAGCCCCAGAAAGGGACGGGCCGCCCCGACAGGCGCAUCUGCUCCCUCUUUGCUGGAGGACACAGCUGCCUCGUUCCCUGCUCUUCCCACCUCCGCCGCUACGACGAGAGCUUCGAGGGAAGAGCUGGACGAGGCAGGGCGAUGGAAGAAGACGCCGAUGGAGUCGGAGGUGAAUCCAAAGAAGAAGUCCGACGAGAGCUCGUGGUGGAGGGGAGGCGGCACAUCUGCGUCAAAGCGGCAAGGCGACGCACCCAAGGUGAACGGUAAAGAAGGAAAAGCACAAGGCAAAGCUGUGGAGGGGGACGUUCCCGAUGAGUGGGACGGCAAGGGAGAGGCCAAGGAAGGGAGAGAGGGGGAAAAGGACGAGCUUUCCGAACAGCUCGACAAGCUCGGGAUCAAGUGAUCAAGGAUUUGCAACUGCAACAUGUACUCUCCACCACAAUCUGUAACCAUAGCCAUACCCCACGCUCAUCAAUGCUCUAGAAUUGCUUGU